AUGCUCACCCGUUACGCGGAGGAGCGCGCGGCAGGGGAGUCGGUGGAGCAGUCCUUGCUGACCACGAUCUCCCAAGGCGGCCGCGUAGUCGUGGUCUCCGGCGUCGUGCUGGCGAUCGCGUGGGGCUCCGUGGUCUGGCUCCCGCCGCCGUUCGACACGUUCGGCAACGGCACCACUACCAUGGUCCUCGUCACUGUGCUCGCGCAGCUGACUCUGGUGCCCUCGAUACUCGGGGUGCUGCCCGGCCUGGGGCCGCCCGCGGCGGAGAAGCGCACGAUGUCGUGCGGCCGCGGGUCGCAGGCACAGGCGCUGGGGACCAGCCGGACAGAGAUGAAGCGCCUGGUGGGCGCGCGCGGCCGACCGCCCACGCGGGACACCCCCAUGGCGAAGGCGGAGAUGCACAGACAGGGCAUCGUCUUCCGCGUUGGCAAGCGGCUGAUUGCUUUUCCGGUCAACCUUCUCGUAUUUGUACUGGUGUAUGGCCUGAUGAUGCCGCUGACGCUCAGGAUGAGCAAGAACUUCAGUAUCUUAGAGUUCAAGUUCAAGAUGGGGCACGGCUACGAGCUCGGGAUCCCCCGGGACCGCGAGGAGUGGAACACGGCGCUUCAGAUACAGAAGGAUUUUCCCACCUCGGUUGGCAUCAUGAUGCCCAUGCUCAUCAUCGGAACAGGCCCGGGCGGCCCACCCAGCACCGCAGCAGCUGGCAGCCCCGCCUCCGUGGCCGCGGCUGGAGGUCCAAUCGACGUCCAGGACGGCCCGCUCGAACAGAGGGCUCUCCCGGCGACCGACAUAGACGUGGAGGGCGACGAGUUCUUCGAGGCAAACUGCCGUAUGGUCGAUUCGCUCAUCCGGGCAACCCGCAACAUGUCCUACGCGCUGACGGUGGACAGCUUCGUCAGCGCCACGUUUCACGAGGAGAGCGCCGAGGGCGGCGGCGUGGAGUGCCUUUCGCCCAGCCUGAUCAAAGCGAUUCGCACGAAUUACGUUUCCAAGAAUAUGCUCCUCACUCACACGUCUGAGAAUCUGCAGCGAUUGUGGGAUCAAUUGGUGAGCAAGGAUGGCAAUGCCAUGCUCACAUUCGCCUUCCCCGACCUGGACCCUUUUAGUCCAGGUGCCUUCUCGCUGGUGAACAGAGUCCGUGAGGCGCUCAGGAACGAAACCCGGGCCGCUCGACGGGGUGGCGCCGCCCUGCCGGGUCUCACAUUCACGGUGUUUUCGCCCAGCAGUGUCAUCAUGGAUCUCAUCGACGUGACUUCACAGAGACUUCCCGUCACUUUCGCAGGGUGUAUCGUGGUGAGUUUGUUGCUGAUCGCAAUGUGCUUCGGCUCUGUCCUGCUGCCGCUGAAGCUCUUCAUGACCGUUGUGAUUCCAAUCACUUGGACGUACGGUGCCGCUCUGUACGUUUACGAAGACGGUGCGUUGGCUUGGCUUGGUAUGCCGUGCCUAGCUCCGCUCGGAGAUGCCGGACUCGAUUGGAGCGUGCCUGUUAUGACUCUGACCUUCAUCGUGGGCCUAGCCUUUGACUACGAGAUUUUCCUGAUCGAGCGGGUCAGGGAGUUCCGCCAGCAGGGGUUCUCAGACCAGGAGUCAAUUCUGUUGGGUCUCGCUGCCACUAGUGAAACGAUCACGGCUGCCGGGCUGAUCAUGACGUUUACGUUUAUCGCAGAACUCCUCAGCACCAUUCCCGUGAGCAAUCAGAUGGGCUUCGUUCUCGUCUACAGCAUAGUUGUGGACACGUUCGUGGUGCGGAGCGUUCUGGACGAGAUCGGCGCCCUGCUGUGCCCGGUCAUGCCCCUGCCGGAGGCCAGGAGCGGGUCCACCCCUGGGUGGGUGGGUGCAGCAAUGGCCAGUCUUACGGAGUCCAACGAGACGAAGGACUUGUGCGGCGCGCAGUGGUUGCUGCUGUGGACGACCGCGGCCUACGCCCCCGAGCUGCCCGGGAAGGAGGACCGCGAGGCUCUGGAGGUGUUCUACGGCAAGUUCCAGGACAUCUGCCGCGAGGGCUCCCACGCCAACUGUCUGCGCGACGCGCUGCGGGAGCGGGGCGGGCCGCCGCCUUGUGCCUCGAGGCUGCGGGCGCGCUGGGCACGCUCCUACAUGUGUGACCUUGACUCGGACUGCAUGGGUCCAGCCGAGGACAAGCCAGCCAGGUCUAGGCAGCGAUACCACAUCGCUGCGAUCAGAGCUGGCAAACAUCCCAAGACGGGCAAGAAGCUCGUCUAAUUUUGCGGGCCUCGCGCCCAAUGGUGGCCCGUGCUCCUGUUCCUCAGUUGCACGACUGGUCAUCGGUGUUCUUCCCCUUCCUUCCCAUCCCCUCUCCUUCCAUUCCUCCCCGACCGCCUUCCUCAGAGAGCCUACGAUUGAAGAGCUCGACUGCCCAGUUGCCUCCGGCACCUUUUUUGUUACCAGUCG